GACCCGCGUUGUGCAUAGGCUGAGCCUUGAGUCCUUGCUUGCCUUCGUUCCCCUGCCGGCGGGGUCUCUGCUCCUUUCAACACUUCGCUUUCUAUUCUUUUGGCAUAGGUCCAUUCCCAUUUGUCCUUCGAUUUCAGCACUCUCUUUCAGCAUGCCUUUCCUCGUCGAGCGAGCUCCUUCGGUGGCUGCAGCUGCAGCCAAAUCCGCCGCCACAACUGCUGCCGCAACGGUGGCAAGUGCUGCGGCCAAAGCCACUGCAACUGCGAAAGCGGCGGCUGCAGCACCGGCCAUUAACCAGGCCAUGCUCGUCUAUCGCCUCGACAUUGGCCUAAUCUGCUUCGCCGGGCUCAUCAUCUUAUUCGCGUUGCCUCGGAUGCUCGCACGUCUCUCCCGUCUCUCCGCUUGGGCCGAGGGCACGAUCUUCCGCCGCGUCACUAUAGCCUCACCCCUGUAUUUCUCGAAGCACUUCGACCCGUCUAAAUUCGUCAGCACGGACGAGAUCAAUGCCGAGAAGGACUUCGUCAAUGUCGACGUCACCUCAUCGGAGACACACUCGGACACAGCGGUCAACUGGUCAACGUCGACGCUCAACGUCGACGCCGUGAACGGCUCGUCAAGCCCGCCUGUGUACAUGCCAUCGUGGUCGACCCUGUUCCCGUGGGCGAACUUUAUCCUGUCGUCGAAAGUGCGCCCUGGAUACUCCUUGGGCUACUGCAUCAUCCUGCUCGCGUACACGGCUGUGGUAUCGUAUGUUAGCCUGGUGGACGUGGACCUCUUCACGAGCCCGUCUCGGUUGGGAUGGGUCCCCACAAGCCAGAUACCGAUCAUCUUCAUCCUGGCCACCAAGAACAACGUCCUGGGAACUUUGAUUGGCAUGGGAUACGAGAAGCUGAACGUGUUUCACCGAUGGGCGGGCCGUUUCGCAGUCCUUCUGGUGGACCUGCACGCUCUCGCGUACUUUGCCAAGUGGGCUCAAACUGGCACCAUUGCGUCCCACAUGGAGCCCUAUGUCAUCUGGGGUUGCAUUGCGCUCGGCGGAAUGAAUAUCCUCUAUCUUCUCUCUUUCACCGCCCUGCGCCAAACCUACUACCAGCUUUUCUACGUGUCGCAUAUUGUCGCUGCCGUGGUGGUUCUGGUCGCUGUCCCCUAUCACGAGGCGGGCUCGAUCCCCUACAUCAUCGCUGCCGGAGCGCUGUACGGCUUUGACCGCCUCUUGCGUCUCAUCCGUACGCGCGUCACCACCGCGCACAUCCGCGCGAUGCCCGAGCUUGGAACUACGCGUGUUGAGGUGCCCAGCAUCAACGCAGGAUGGCGCGCAGGUCAGCACGUCCGUCUCCGCGUCUUGAGCAUGGGUAUGGGUGGCUGGGGCUUCGGCUGGACGGAAUCUCACCCGUUCACCAUUGCGAGCGUUGAAAAGAGCCGCGGUGAGGAGGGUCUGGUUCUCAUGGUCAAGAAGGCUGGCGACUGGACGAACAAGCUCUUUGAACUGGCCCAGAAGUCUGAGUACCGCGACGGGGGUGAAAGAAAGGUCAGAGUAAUGAUUCAGGGACCUUACGGUGGACCUGGGCACGCGUCCGUGGCGAGCUUCUCCGGCGCAAUGUUCGUCGCAGGUGGAAGUGGCAUCACUUAUGCCCUCUCGACACUGCAGGAACUUGUCCAGAAAGGAAUGGACGGCGGCAGUCGCGUGCGCGCUAUCGACCUCGCGUGGAGCAUGACUGACCCUGCUGGGCUGAAGCCUAUGAUCCCGACAUUCGCCGCGCUCCUCGCGCAAGCCCCCAGCGCUGGCAUCAACCUGCGCAUCUCCGUCUCGUACACACGCGCACUCGUCGUCCCCGAGGCAGAUGCCCUCAAGGACUUCCAGCGACUCCCGCUCGGUCUCUCGAUCGUAGCCGGGCGCCCGCGUCUGCCUAAGAUGCUUGACGAGGUCAUUGAUCGCACGUGCAAUGCGAAGGGCAUGAACUCGGACUCGUUAUCCGGUGUCGUCGUGGGCGUGUGCGGUCCGCCAGCCCUCGGUGAUACAGUCGCUCGCGCUGUCAGACGCGUAGGCGGUGACAGGAGGCGUGCCGUUGGCGGCGUCGAGCUGCACGAGGAGAUUUUCGGGUGGUGAAUGUCACUCCGCUCUCAUAGGCUUCAGUCAAGUGCAGCUGUAUUUAUCAAGCUUUCUUCGCCGCUGCUUGAAGCAGCGUGCUUUCAUUCUUUCAGUCAUCAUUCCCUUCGCUGCACUUCCCUCAUCCUUGCCUGUUGUACUGCAAGACUCGUUGCACGACGUGGGUUGCGAUAUCAGAUCACUCUUUAGGCCCCGGCACGCAUGCAGCCUCGGGGUCCUGUACGCUCCCGCCUGCUUUGCAUAUCGUGUACAUUAGCAUGCAUGUACUCGGUUCUAGAUUGCAAUAGCGUGAUCUGUUAUCCCGA